AUGCACGCCCCGGAUUCAGUCGGAAUCGAUGUCCGCGAGAGAUUAGAUUGCCUUGGUAGAUCUGCGGUUCAGAAGACCUACGCGAAGUCGACCGCGUUGGUUGCCGCAGCUGUCAGCGAGAUGACCACCAAAGGCGACCCCUUUUUACUGUACGACUCUGGGGAAGGGGACUGCGAAAGGAUGAUAAACUUCGCCACCCUCGAUAAUCUCGAGCUACUGAAGACAUGCGGCGAGUGGUUCUUGGACGGAACCUUCAAAGUUUGCCCCGUGAUUUCUCAUCAGAUGUACAGCGUUCUCGUGAAGAUUCCCGGCUCUCACAAAACUGUUCCCGUCGUGUAUUCCUUGAUGCCGGGGAAAACAUCGAGAACUUACAGACGAUCUCUGACAAUCCUGACCAGCGUCCUCGAUGACUUCCGGCCAGAGGUUACUCACGUGGACUUCGAGAUCGCAAUGGUCCGUGAGCUCGAAACCACCUUCCCAUCAGUCGGUGUCCUCGGUUGUAAUUUUCAUCUCAACCAGAGCCUUUGGCGCCACAUACAAGCAGACGCCACGCUCCGUGAUAAAUACCUGCGGGAAAAUGAUUUCUCUCUGGACGUCCGGAGAUACAUCCGUAUUCUGCAUCCCGACCACGAAGCCGACUUCCUCAUUGUGACAAACCCUGAAGCCUUCCCUCAUAGAUCUUUCGCACAAGAUUCCUGA